UCGUCUUGGAGACAAAUCUUCGUUCCACAGACACUGAAAAUUUGCUUCAAUGGACGGAGCUUCGAAUGAGCGGGCUGAUUCGACGAUAUCUUGUAUGCGGUGUGGCAAGCCGGCUCAACUUCAGUGUCCUAAGUGUGUGGAAUUGAAGCUUCCUCGUGAAGGUGCUGCAUUCUGCACUCAGGAUUGUUUCAAGGCAUCAUGGAGUUCUCAUAAGUCGGUGCACUUGAAAGCAAAGUUGUCCGCAUUUAGUGCAGGUACCCCAGAGGAACAAAUUUUAACCUUACCUAAUGAAGGUUGGCUAUAUUGCUUAAAGAAAGGCCAGGCUCGUACGGAAAAACUACCACAUUUUGAUUGGACAGGGACCCUAAGGCCGUAUCCUAUAUCAAAACGGCGUAGUGUACCUGCUCAUAUUGACAAACCAGACUGGACAAUUGAUGGAAUCCCAAAAAUUGAGCCCAGUAGUGAUCUGCAACGUGUUGUGGAGAUCAAAACUCCGGAGCAGAUUGAGAGAAUGAGAGAAACGUGCCGAAUUGCAAGGGAGGUUUUGGAUGCGGGUGCUCGUGUAAUUCGACCUGGUGUGACAACUGAUGAAAUUGAUGAGGUGGUCUAUGAGGCAACAAUUGCUGCUGGAGCUUAUCCAUCUCCACUAAAUUAUCAUUUCUUCCCAAAGUCUUGCUGCACGUCAGUUAAUGAAGUUAUCUGCCAUGGGAUCCCAGAUGCGAGGAGAUUAGAGGAUGGGGAUAUUGUGAAUGUUGAUGUGACUGUCUACUAUAAAGGUGUCCAUGGUGAUCUUAAUGAGACGUAUUUUGUGGGGAAUGUUGAUGAAGCAUCUCAGCAUCUGGUCCAAAGUACUUAUGAGUGCUUGGACAAAGCGAUAUCCAUGGUUAAACCUGGGGUGCGAUUUCGUGAAGUUGGCGAAGUUAUUAAUCGGCAUGCUUCAAUGUCUGGAUUAUCUGUGGUGAAAUCAUACUGCGGUCAUGGUAUUGGGGAGCUGUUUCACUGUGCCCCAAAUAUUCCUCAUUAUGGAAAAAAUAAAGCGGUUGGCGUGAUGAAAGCCGGGCAGACCUUCACAAUUGAGCCCAUGAUAAAUGCAGGAGUUUGGCGUGAUCGGUUGUGGCCUGAUGGAUGGACAGCUGUUACAGCAGAUGGCAAACGCAGUGCUCAAUUUGAACAUACUCUUCUGGUAACGGAAACUGGAGUUGAAGUUCUUACAGGACGGUUGCCCAGUUCACCCAAAGUGUUCCCGUGGCUAAAUGUGUGACAGUUAAACAACUAUUGUAUGCCUUUUAAAUAAUUCUGAGAUUUUUCAUGACAUUUUUCUCUAUUUUUGAGCUUUUGGAAGCAUAGUCAGUUUCUUUAAACUGUAACUUAUCCAAUGGUGUGCGUUACUACAGCA